CGCCUAAACUGUCAUGGCGGCGGGUCGGUUGGAAAUUUUACUCAGAACGACGUAAAAACGAGAAAUAACGUCAAAAUCAAGGUCAAACAGCUUUUAAACGGGUGCUAAGCAGGUACAUAAGCUCUUAUACAACUCAUCAAGUUCUUCGACCGAUAGAAAAGUUGUCAGUGAGGGGUGCACAGAAGGCUGUGUACGACAAGAUGGCGGUCCCACCGCGGUGGCUGAACUGUCCACGGAAGGGACAACUUGUCGCAGAGAAGUUCCUGCCGUUUAAGACCCCGCUGGGCCCACGUUAUGAUGACCAGGUUCCAGAAGAGAACAGGUUCCAGUGGCCAAUGUUAUUUUCUUAUGUCAACGGAACCGGGAUGAAGAUGGGCCUGGUUAUUGAUCUGACCAACACAAACAGAUUCUACAACAAAGAGAAGGAAGUGGAGAAAAAUGGAGUCAAACACGUUAAACUACAGUGUAGGGGCCAUGGAGAAACCCCGAAUGAAGAACAGACGUCAGCGUUUGUGAAUCUCUGUGCAAACUGGAUAGCCCGGAACCCUACUGAUCUUAUAGGUGUCCACUGUACCCAUGGGUUUAACAGGACAGGUUUCCUCAUCGUGGCCUACCUGGUCGAGAAACACUCUUGGAGUGUUGAAGCUGCAGUCCAGGCGUUCACAGUCGCUCGGCCCCCUGGGAUGUACAAAGGUCACUACCUGGAGGAGUUGUUCCGUCGCUAUGGCGACCCCGAUGACACGCCCCCGGCCCCGCCACUCCCUGAUUGGUGCACGGAGUCAGAUGACCUGGACGAUGACGGCAACCCCGCCCAGCAGCCGGCCAAUGGGAUGAAAGGAGGAGGUCGGAGGGCAGGGGGCACGACCUAUAAGCCCUUUAUGGACGGGCUGGUUCCAGGAGUUGACACGGUGAUGGACCAACCGAGACUCAGAAACGUGCAGCAGAAAGUCCAGCACAUGUGCGGAUGGAGAGGACAAGGAUUCCCGGGUGCCCAGCCUGUGUCCAUGGACAGGAGGAACCUCAGUUUUCUGGCACAGAAGCCGUAUAAGGUCAGCUGGAAGGCUGAUGGGGUCAGGUUGAUGCUGUUAAUAGAUGGCCCCCAGCAGGUAUAUCUGGUAGACAGAGACAACACAGUGUUCCACGCACCACAGCUGACCUUCCCACGGAGAAAGGAGCCAGACAACCACAUCGCUAACACUCUACUGGACGGGGAGAUGAUAAUAGACAAAGUGGCAGGAAAGGACCGACCCAGAUACCUGGCCUACGACAUCAUCAAAUUUGAGGGCCAGCCAGUAGGGGAGUGUGAUUUCUCGCGGCGGCUCCUGUGCAUCCGGAAGGAGAUUGAGGAGACUCGGGACAGUAAGGCUCAGGCCGGCGCGCUGGACAAGUCACGGGAACCCUUCAGCGUGCGACACAAACCCUUCUGGGACAUCACCAUGUCACCAAAGCUCCUGGAUGGUAGCUUCUCGUCCCAAGUGAGUCAUGAGGUGGACGGGCUCAUUUUCCAGCCGGCGGGGCCCAAGGAUAAAUACGUGGGCGGUAGGUGUGACGACAUCCUAAAAUGGAAACCUCCGACGCUGAACACCAUCGACUUUAAGCUGCAGAUCAGGAAGGAAGGCGGGGAGGGAAUGCUGGUGGAGACGAAGGGGUUUUUAUAUGUUGGAGGUUUUGAUCAACCGAUCGCUCAAAUGAAGGUGACCAAAGACCUGAAGAAGUAUGACAGUAAGAUCAUUGAGUGUAAGUUUGACGGGGUGACGAAACAGUGGGUGUUCCUACGGGAGAGGACGGACAAAAGCUUCCCCAACUCCUACACAACCGCUGUUGCUGUGUUCGAGAGCAUCCAGAACCCGGUAACCAAGGAGAUUCUCUUCGAGUUCAUCACGAAAUCGAGGUUCCAACAGCACCCUCCUCCCCACGGCUCGGUGCACCCUCCCCCAGGGUCCUCCCACCCUCCCCAAUCAUCGCUGAACAGUCCCCAUGGCCAGAAGAGACCGGCACAGGGAGAACACUUAAUGCCGCCUCCACAGAAAAUGCCCAAAAGAUAAGGCUUCUCGGAGACAUUUUGAAGUUUCUUAUUUUCAUAAAAGUUCAUCUGUGUUAGUUGUAAUAGUAAAACGUUGAACUUUAUUCCAACACAGAGUUUACAGAGAGAUCAAAUCUUCAGCGACCACUGUCGCCUUCAUCAGGAUAAUUAAUGACCAAUCACUUCACAAUGUGAUCUCGCCAGAGUAAGGUUGAUCUCUCUGUAAAUUUUUUCGUUGGAAUAAAGUUCAACGUUUUUCAAAGUUUCUUAUUUACUGUUUGUUGAGACCAGUUUGUUGCUUAUUUUUGGAAAGACACUGAGAAUUCUUUAGAAGAUGUUACUCAUUUUCUAUAUGUAGGUACGAACAAAAUUCAAGGCACUGAUGACUAGAUACAGGGGGACUCUUGCGAAUUGCACUGUCAAACCACAUGUAAAACUUCACUGUGCAUUCACCAACAAAAUCUACAUGUAUUGUGUUGUUAAGUGUAGACUGUGUUUAUAUAUGAACAUAUUUUCUGUGUCUUUCCAUCAUUCAAGUGAAAAGUGUUUGUUAACUUGCUGUUCCCGUUCUGUGACGGGGUUUACUUGUAUAAAGACAAACAUAACAUCCAGGUUGCAUUAAAGUUUGGAAAGCCGUUUUUCAAAUUUAGAGGCCUCCCUCUUUCAAUAAACCGGGAAAACUGUGAUAUCUAGUCAUUCUGGUAGUCUAUAUAUUAAAAACUUUUCAGUUUUGAUUGACAGUUUAAGGGAAAAAAUAUUUUUAGCUUAGGAAAGAGAAUUAAGUUGUGAAUAAAUACACUAUGCAGACAGUCAACAUAUUGUUUAGUACAUUUUUUAUUACAGAAGUCAUAAAGAGUUGGAAUGGG